UAAUUCAUUAACUCUUCUCAAACACCGAUGCUGCACCCAGAACUAGGCAGCCAAAGCCAAAGCCGAAGGCACAGGCUAGGCAGCCAAAAUCUAAUGCGGACAUACUUUUCCCAAGAACUCUAUUUAAUAAGCUGCUGCAGCUAGCUAGCAUGCCCUUCUCCAGGGAGAAGAAGAGGAAUUGGUGAUCUCAUUAAAUAUUCAUUCUCAUCCUCCUCCUUCUUCUGAUCCAUCGAUCGAGUAGUUUGAUCUGUUUAGUUCUCCGUCCCUGAAUGCGCUGCCGCCUCAAUCGAUCCAUCUCUCUGAUCAUGGCUUAUUCCUUCACUCUAAAGAUAUUCUUGCUACUAUGUUCCAUCUUCUUCUCGGAAUCACGGCCCCUCAAUCUUUCUUCUUCUUCUUCUUCUUCUUCUUCUUCUUCUUCUGUGGAUUCCCAUUUGUCUGCUGUGAGAUCCGUUUGCAACUCCACACCAUAUCCAGAUGUCUGUUUUGACUCGCUGAAGCUAUCCAUCUCAAUUAGCAUCAGCCCUAACAUCAUCUCCUCUCUCCUCCAAUCCCUCCAAAUCGCCUUGUCGGAAGCCGGAAAACUCUCCAAUCUAUUCUCCAGCGCCGGAGCCUGGAACAUCGUCGAGAAUCAAAGGGGAGCCGUCCAAGAUUGCAAGGACCUUCACCAAAUAACACUCAUAUCCCUCCACAAGUCAGUAUCCAGGGUCAGCGGCUCAGCCGACUCUACCAAACUAGCCGAUGCAAGGACCUUCCUCAGUGCAGCUCUCACCAACAAGAACACCUGCUUAGAAGGAUUGGCGUCAGCUUCCGGCCUUCUGAAACCCACCCUGGUGAACUCACUUGUCGCCACAUACAAGCACGUCAGCAAUUCUCUGUCACUUCUCUCUAAUCCUGCAGGAGGCGCAUCCAAUCAUAAGAAUCGGCGGCAUCUCCUGGACUUCCCGGAAUGGUUGUCGAGGAAGGAUCGCCGCAUUCUGCAGAGCUCCGGCGAUGAAUAUGAUCCGAGCAGCGACAUGCUCGUGGUGGCCACAGAUGGAAGCGGAAACUUCACUACCAUUACCGACGCGAUUAACUUCGCCCCAAAUAACAGCCUGGAGAGAAUAAUAAUCUACGUGAGAGAAGGGGUGUAUGAGGAAAAUGUAGACAUCCCGAGCUAUAAGCCUAACAUCGUCCUGCUAGGCGACGGAAGCGAUGUAAGUGUGAUAACCGGCAACAGAAGCGCGGCCGAUGGAUGGACUACUUUCAGAUCUGCAACUGUUGCCGUGUCGGGCGAGGGAUUUUUGGCCCGUGACAUAGGGUUUGAGAACCGGGCCGGAGCCGGUAAGUACCAGGCGGUGGCGCUCCGGAUUAACGCGGACUUGGCGGCGGUUUACAGGUGCAGCAUUAGCGGAUACCAAGACACGCUGUACGUCCAUUCCUUCCGGCAGUUCUACAGAGAAUGCGACAUUUUCGGGAGCAUAGAUUUCAUAUUCGGGAACGCGGUGGCUUUGUUCCAGGCAUGCAACAUCGUGUCGAGAAUGCCGAUGCCAGGACAGUUCACGGUGAUCACCGCCCAGUCCAGGGACUCGCCGGACGAGGACACUGGCAUCUCCAUUCAGAAUUGCUCCAUCGUGGCAGAGGACGACGUGGUUUCCAGCUCCAGCAGCGGCGUGGUGAAGAGUUACCUGGGGAGGCCGUGGCGGCCGUACUCUCGGACCGUCGUUAUGCAGUCGUACAUGGGCGAAUUCGUGGACCCCAGUGGGUGGAGGCAGUGGUCGUCGUCGUCGGGCGAUGACCCAAGCCUGGAAACAUUGUAUUUCGGAGAGUACGACAAUGAUGGGCCGGGUUCGAGCACCGAGGAUCGAGUGGGUUGGCCGGGAUACCACGUCAUGGAUUACUACGAUGCCUCUAACUUCACGGUGUCGGAGUUUCUAAGCGGGGAUCAAUGGCUCCAAUCCACUUCCUUCCCUUAUGACGAUGGCCUUGCCGUUUAAUUAAUUAAUUAAUUUGAUUUUCAGUGCUUAAGCAAUGUAUUUAGAAACAGAAAAACACUUUUGUUCCCCAAAUUUAAAGUUAUGUAUCCAUUUUUUUAAAAUUAAUUAAUAAAGGUAUUUAGAUAAUCAAUUUUUUAAGCCAAGUUUUCCUAAGCAAGUCAGUCCGUUUGCCCCUGAUUUUAUUUUUUAAAAAAUAAUAAUUUUUUAUUUUUAAUUUAUAUUGUAUUAAUUAUUCAUCUUCAGGGUCAUUAGAUUUUUUAUGUUCUCUCAAU